GUGCGCGCGGCGGCGGCGCCGGGGGCAGCAGCGCUUCCUGCGGCUCGCGGGGGCCGCGCGGGGCCUCCCAGACCCGCCGCGGCCCGGCCGGAGCGCGAGCGGCUUACAUAAUAAACAGUUGAAGUCCUCUUUAUGAAACCAAUCAUCGGUCAAGUGUAACUUUUGAUGUAUGGUCUCUAAAGCCCCCCACUAUGCCAGCAGCUACCGUAGAUCAUAGCCAAAGAAUCUGUGAAGUUUGGGCUUGUAACUUGGAUGAAGAGAUGAAAAAAAUUCGUCAAGUUAUACGGAAGUAUAACUAUGUAGCUAUGGACACAGAAUUUCCAGGAGUAGUUGCAAGGCCUAUUGGAGAAUUCAGAAGCAACGCAGACUAUCAGUACCAACUCUUACGCUGCAAUGUCGACUUGCUAAAAAUAAUUCAACUUGGACUGACAUUUAUGAAUGAGCAAGGAGAAUACCCUCCAGGAACUUCAACUUGGCAAUUUAAUUUUAAAUUUAACUUAACAGAAGAUAUGUAUGCUCAGGACUCUAUUGAACUGUUGACAACAUCUGGUAUCCAGUUUAAAAAGCACGAAGAAGAAGGAAUUGAGACACAGUACUUUGCAGAACUGCUCAUGACAUCAGGAGUUGUAUUGUGUGAAGGAGUCAAGUGGCUUUCCUUUCAUAGUGGAUAUGACUUUGGCUAUCUAAUCAAGAUCCUGACAAACUCCAAUUUACCUGAGGAAGAGCUGGACUUCUUUGAGAUACUGCGAUUGUUUUUCCCUGUCAUCUAUGAUGUAAAAUAUCUUAUGAAGAGUUGCAAAAAUCUGAAGGGUGGGUUACAAGAAGUGGCUGAGCAGUUAGAGCUGGAAAGGAUAGGACCACAGCAUCAGGCAGGAUCCGAUUCUUUACUCACAGGAAUGGCCUUUUUCAAAAUGAGAGAAAUGUUCUUUGAAGAUCACAUUGACGAUGCCAAAUAUUGUGGCCACUUAUAUGGUCUUGGUUCGGGGUCAUCUUAUGUACAGAAUGGCACAGGAAACGCUUAUGAAGAAGAAGCCAACAAACAGUCAUGACAUGAAAUGAAAGGCCGUCUUUUUGACCUCCACAUGCUUGUAUAUAGGUUUUAUCUCUGGUUGAACCCCUUGGACAAUUAAGGCUUUUUUCCCCCCUUUCUCAGCACACUUUCUUUUCUGCCUUUCUAUGUACUAAACUUGACUGUUCCUAUCACAGAUUUUGAUCUUAAUAUUGAUACGUAAAAUUUUCUGGGUUACAUUUUGGCCUCUUAACAAGCCCAUUUGUAAAAAAGCAUGUAUAGGAUCAGUGUGGCAGAGAGAAGGGGAAAGUUGAAUCAUAAUGAAUAUUCUGGUAAACUUGCCUACAUCGUUCUUCCAGUUUUUUGUCUUUCCCCUCCCUUCUCUAAAUUAAUUGGCUCUGAUUAUAACUAACUUCCCCCUUCAUGUCUGUUCUUUCCAGUAUGCAGGCGUUUUAGCUAUUCAAGAUUGUGGACCAUCAGAUUUGCACUUUAGAGAGCGAUUCUGACUCAGAUCCUCUGUUUUAUUUGAAGUUUGUUUUGGUUUUUUUCUUUUGCCCUCAGCUAGAAAACAAUCAUCUGCCAAGUUCAGCAGCUUCAAGCUGUAUUUUCUUGGUAUCUCAACCCACACAACGGGACUUAUUUGCUGCAUAAUCUCUGUUUGUUCAAGCAAAACAAACUACUGAAAUCAUAGUAAUUGCUCUUACUUUACUAGUGUUUGGUCAUCUUCCAACACAUCCUGCACAUGUCAACUGCUGGUUGGCCUGCUGCUUUAAAACUGCUCUGUGAUGGGGGAAAGAGGCUUGAAAAAACAGCUUUACACCCUUCAGGAGAAGAACAGCUAUGACUUUAGCCUUUUUGCCAUUAAGCUGAGAGUUGAAGGAUAAUGGAAAAGUAGGAGUCUUGUAAUGGCACAUUUCCCUUGAUUAACCUUGUGGCUUUUAUCCUAGUAAUGUGCACCUCAGAUAUUUUUUAUGAAGUCAUAUUUAUUAUGUACUUGAUUUCAUGAUUUUUGUAAGUCAGUUUAGUUGAAGACGAACCCCAAAGAUCUGAAAAAUACUAUUUAAUUGAAUUAUUGAAUUAGAAGGACAAUUAAAUCAUGCCUUUUUGUAGUUGUUACAAAGACAGAUGUUAAAGAUAUUUGUUGUAAAACAACAAAAUAUAAAUAACUUCCAGCUAAUAAAGUUACCUGAGGAGUGUAAUGCUAGUUUAUUUUUGAGUAUAUCUUACAAUAUAUUUUAGAUAUAUUGUUUUCAAGGACCCUAAAGUAUGUUCUUAACUCUGCAUAGCAUGUAUACAGAGCAGUUGUGCAGGAAGGAUUUUUGGUAUUGAAUAGCUAACUACUAGCCUGGAAUGACGGAAUGGGUGACAUUGUGUGUCUGUGCGUGUGCGCGCGUACGUGUGUUUGACACAGAAAUCAAUGGCAGAAAAAUCUCCACAUGUUCGCCAAUUACUCUGUUUUAUCUUGUACUUAAAAGCAAAAAAUCAAACACCUUUUUCUCAUUGAAUUAUGAUGAUGUAACUGGGCGGUCCUUUUUAAACAAGUAAUUUGCAUAACAGAGGGUAUUUGUUUUUAAAGCUUUUGUAAAUAAAGGCCUAAGAAAUGUUUUCUUACAUAACAA